AUGGCUACGAGGUCUAGGGACAACAUCGAGACUCCUUCUGAGGAAGAACAUGUCGAGAAGCAUGGAUUGAAGGGAAAGAUCGAAGCCAUCUUCAAGUCGUCUUCCACCCACGAUGCCAGAGACGUCGCUGCAGAAGAGAAAGCCGACGGAUCCGGAGCAGGGCAGGAAGAGACGCUGGAGCCAGAUGCCCAAGCUGGUGUCCAGGGUAUCGAGGCAGCCACGACAGUAUGGACGAAAUCUCAUAUGAUUCUGGCCUACGUUUUUAUUUGGCUCAUUUAUUUCGUCAUCUCGCUGCAAGAGGUGGCCGUCCGCUCCUUGACUCCUUAUGUGACCAGUUCCUUCUCGAGGCACUCCUUGACCGGUGCCACGAACAUCAUGUCCAGCAUCAUCGGGGGGGUCGCGAGGGUUCCGACCGCCAAGAUCCUCGAUACCUGGGGCCGUCCACAGGGUAUGGCGCUGAUGACCAUCAUCUGGGCCAUUGGGUUUGCCAUGAUGGCCGCUUGCGAGAAUGUUGAGACGUAUGCAGCGGCGCAGGUGUUCUACGUGACUGGUUCUCAAGGAAUCAGUUACUGCCUGACCGUCUUCAUUUCCGACACUUCCUCGCUCCGGAAUCGAACGCUCAUGCUGUCCUUUGCCACGUCCCCAUACAUCAUCACCACGUGGCUCGGAGGGCCAGUUUCGCAAAGCAUUGUCAAUGGCUUCGGCUUCAAAUGGGGCUUCGGCAUCUUCGCCAUCAUCGUGCCGGUGACAGUGGCGCCGUUGACCUGGCUCUUCAUCUACAACCAGCACAAGGCGAAGAAGGCAGGACUGCUCAAACCACGCCAGAUCAGCUUCAAGCCGAGCGCAUUGAUGAAGUACUUCAUCGAUGUCGACCUUCUGGGAAUCCUCAUCCUGGCAGCCGGCAUGUCGCUGUUCCUCCUGCCCUUCAGCUUGUACUCGUACCAGCCCGACAAAUGGCGAUCGCCCAUGAUCAUCUGCAUGAUCACGUUCGGCGGGGCGUUGCUCAUCUUUUUCGCCAUCUACGAGAAGUACCUGGCCCCCAAGACAUUCAUCCCGUUCGAGCUGCUCAUGGACCGAACGGUGUUUUUCGCCGGCCUGAUGUUCGUCUUUGUCUUCUUCAACUCGGCCGUCUGGGGCGCCUACUUUUUCUCCAUGCUCCAGGUCGUCUGGGGUCUGAGCGUCAUCGACGCGACCUACGUCAGCGCCAUCUACCGAGUCGGAUCGUGUCUGUUCUCGUUCGCGGUCGGACUCGCGGUCCGCUGGACGGGGCGAUUCAAAUGGAUCGCCCUCUACUUCGCCGUUCCCCUGAUGAUCCUCGGCGUCGGGCUGAUGAUCGAGUUCCGCCAGCCGGACAGCGACAUCGGAUAUGUGUGUAUGACGCAGAUCUUUGUCGCGUUCGCGGGAGGCUCAAUCGUGCUUUGCGGCGAAAUGGCCAUGAUGGCGCCCUCCAACCAUCAGAACAUCGCGGCCGUCAUUGCCAUUCUGGAUCUUUUCGGCAGUAUUGGCACGGCGGCGGGCGGCACGGUGGCCACGGCCAUCUGGACCGGCGUCUUCCCCGACCGGCUGCGCAAAUACCUGCCUCCGGGCGUCGACGCGAACAAGAUCUACGGCUCCAUUGUGGCCCAGAUGUUCUACAAGCGAGGCACUCCGACACGAGAUGCCAUUAACCGAGCCUACGGCGACGCUCAGCGAUACAUGCUCAUUACCAGUGUCAGCUUGCUGGCGGGUGCCUGGAUCUGCGUCUUCCUCUGGAGGGACAUCAAAGUCAAAGAUCGCAAGCAGGUCAAGGGUCGUGUUGUCUAA